AUGCCACCACAACAAGGGCCUAGUCUCUAUGACAGAAUGACGAAGCUGGAAGAGACUCUUGCUCAGUUCAUGCAAGUAUCCAUGUCCAAUUUAAAGAGCACUGAGUCAGUCAUCAAGAAUCUAGAAGUCCAGGUGGGACAAUUGGCAAAACAACUAGCAAACCGACCAUCAAGCAGCUUUAGAGCCAACACAAAGAAGAAUCCUAAGGAGGAGUGCAAGGUUGUUAUGACUAGAAGCAACAUGGUGAGCAUGAAUGAAGGUGAGAAGAGGAUAUAUGAAGAAAAACAACAGCUAGUGACUGAACCAGAAAUUGACCCAGUGGUGGAACCUUUGAGUGAGACUGAGGAAGAAGUGGAAGCAGAAGAUGAUCAACAAAAGGAGAUACCAAUAAUAGUGAGUGAAAAAGAAAUAAAUAUGCUCACACGGAAGAAUAAGUACAUUCACAGUGAAAACAUCAUUGUGGAAGGAAACUGCAGUGCUGUAAUUCAGAGGAUCCUUCCACCUAAGCACAAAGAUCCUGGGAGUGUGACUAUUCCGUGUUUAAUUGGUGAAGUUUAUGUUGGCAAGGCUCUUAUUGAUUUGGGAGCCAAUAUUAAUUUGAUGUCUCUUUCCAUGUGCCGGAGGCUAGGAGAGUUGGAGAUAAUGUCGACUAGGAUGACUUUACAAUUAGCAUAUCGCUCCAUCACCAGACCCUAUGAAGUAAUAGACGGUGUUUUGGUUCGGGUCAAACACCUUAUCUUUCCUGAUGACUUUGUGGUAAUGGACAUAAAGGAAGAUACAUAUAUUCCCUUAAUUUUGGGAUGUCCAUUUAUGGCUACUGCAAGCUGUGUAGUAGACAUGGGAAAGAAGAAGCUAGAAAUGGGUAUUGAAGACCAAAAGAUUAGCUUUGAGCUAUUUGAUGAAGAAAGGAAAUUGCUGGACCAAAAUGUUUGUCUAGAGGUGAAGGAGAGUGAAGAGAAGAUGGAUUCCUCUAAGAGAAAAACUAUAGCUUCAACGUCUCUGGCCGGUUAUGAUAGAUCAAGAUUUGUAUCACAGGAGGCCUGGGAUCGUUACUCAGAUAAUCUGACUAACUUGACUGGGGGAAGCAUUGAUGUGACAAUUGUGAAGGAAUUCUAUGCAAAUCUUUAUGUCCCAGAUGACAAGUUUCCCAAGCAAGUUAGGGUUCGAGGGAACCUAAUAAAAUUUGAUGUUGAUUCCCUCAACACCUUCUUGGAGACUCCAGUGGUCGUGGAGCAAGGGGAGAGCUUACCUUUUUACUCCAGGUUUGCUAAACUGAGGCCUGAUCCUCAGGAGCUUGCAGCCCGGCUGUGUAUCCCUGGGAGGGGAUUUGUUCUUAAUGUUGAGGGUCUACCGUGGAAGCUCUUGAGGAAAUAUCUUACCACUCUGGCCCAAACCUAG